AUGAGCAAUUCUGUAGAUGAUUCAGAGAUCGAAACAAAUUAUCAUGAAAUUGUCGAUGGAUUCGAUAAGAUGGGUUUGAAACCAGAACUCCUCCGUGGUAUAUACAAUUAUGGUUACGAAAAACCAUCGGCUAUUCAGCAGCGGGCUAUCAAACCCUGCAUUGACGGUCGUGAUGUCAUUGCCCAGGCUCAAUCUGGUACAGGAAAAACAGCCACUUUCGCUAUAAGCAUUUUGCAAAGAGUAGAUGUCAGCUCGAAUGCUUGUCAAGCUCUUGUUUUGGUUCCUACCCGAGAACUUGCCAGACAAAUCCAAACGGUUGUCAAAAGUAUUGGUGCUUAUCUUAAUGUAAAGUGUCAUACAUGUAUUGGUGGCACAAGCACCACUGAAGAUGUAGCUUGUCUUCAACAAGGUCAACAUGUUGUUGUUGGUACACCGGGUCGUGUUUUCGAUAUGAUGAGCCGUGGUAUUCUAACAACAGCUGGCAUCAAAAUUUUUGUACUGGAUGAAGCAGAUCAAAUGUUGGAUCGUGGUUUUGAGGCCCAAAUUAAAGAAAUAUAUCGAUUUCUACCCGAAAAUGCCCAGAUUAUGUUGUUAUCUGCUACUAUGCCAAAGCAAAUACUAUCAAUUGCACGUAGUAUCAUGCAAGAUCCUGUUCAGAUAUUAAUCAAAAAAGAAGAAUUAACUUUGGACGGUAUUAAACAGUUUUACAUCAACGUCGUCAAAGAAGAGUUCAAAUUGGAGACUUUAAUGGAUUUAUAUCGUGUCAUGAAUUUGAGUCAAGUUGUCAUUUUUGUCAACUCUGUACGAAAAGCUUCGGAUUUAUAUGCCCAACUAGUGAAUCGAAAAUUCGAAGUUUCUUGCAUCAAUAGUGACAUGGAUCAGAAGGAACGUGAUCGAGUUAUGAGUGAAUAUCGUAAUGGUGCAUCACGUAUUCUACUGUCAACUGAUGUUUUGGCACGUGGUAUCGAUGUACAGCAAGUCUCUUUGGUCGUUAACUAUGAUUUACCUAGUAAUCGUGAAACUUACAUUCACAGAAUCGGUAGAGGAGGUCGAUUCGGUCGUAAAGGAACAGCCAUCAAUUUUGUUACUGAAACAGAAAUGGAAGCACUCAGCGACUUACAACAAUACUUCAAUACAGAAAUCCUUGAGAUGCCUACUGAUAUUGUUGAUUUCAUGUAA